AUGAGGGCGAAGCCUUACUUAUUCGUUUUAUUCUACUUUUUAUUGACUUUUACCAAUGGAAAACCAGUGAAAAGUAAAGGAAAAAAAGCAAUAGAAAAAUCACCAGCGAAAGCACCAAAAGUGAAAACAAAUACUGAUGCAUUGAAAUAUCUUGAUAAAUUUGGUUACAAUGCAUGCGGUGGACAUGGAAAUGGAAAGAGUGUCGUCGGUGGAGGGCCCCUCUGUCAAUCAAGUUUCCAAACCAUGAUCGAACAUUUUCAAACGGUCUUUCGCUUACCCGUAACCGGCAAACUCGAUGAAGCAACGAUUAAUUUAAUGAAUAGACCGCGAUGUAGUUUGGGUGAUUAUCCAAUGGGAUAUACUGUUUUUCGGCCAUGGCCUAAUACAACACUAAAAUGGAGGCUAGAUGGCAACACACCAAAAUUCAGUAAAGACAGUAUUCGUUCCCAUGUGCAGGAAGCGUUUGAUGACUGGGCACGCUAUGCUCCGUUAAAGUUUCGUGAAGUUCAAGGUGAUGAAAAACCGAAUUUCUUGAUAAGCUUUGAAACUGGCGAACAUAAAGAUGGUUUUCCAUUCGAUGGUGCCGGUGGUACACUCGCACAUGCUUUCUUUCCCACAGAUGGAAAAGUUCAUUUCGAUUCUACUGAAGAGUGGACAGAUAAAUACGAUGGAUUCGGUUACAAUUUUCGUUUGGUAGCUUCGCACGAAAUAGGGCAUGCACUGGGCUUGGCACAUUCGACAGAUCCUAAGUCAUUGAUGUAUCCAUUUUAUCAAUUAAUCCAACCGCAAGAUCUACUUCCAAAAGAUGAUAGAGAUGGUAUUCGUGCCUUGUAUGGAACAAGUGAAACAAAUAAACCCACAACAUUUGCUGCGACAACGGCUGCGACACAAACGACAAAGAAAACAACUACAAAGAAAACCACAAAAUCUAAGACAACAAAGAAAACGACGACCACGAAAAAGCCAACAGCCACACAAUCACCAGUAUUGGCACAUGAUCGAUGUGCUCGUUAUCUUGAUGUUGUCUUCGGCGGUGGCCCAGAUAAAUGGCUAUAUACACUCGAUUACGACCUUGUCUGGCGUUAUCACCCAGAUUUCGGUCAAUGGGAUACUCGAGGUCUUCCAAUCACGGAAGUUUUUCCUGGUGCUGAACCACAUAUGAUGGCAGGCAUUCUAUCACCAAAAACACAAAAAAUCUACUUGUUUAAAGGUUACCGUGUCUGGCGAUUUUCGUCUCCGUCAUCACUUGAUCAAGGCUUUCCUAAACGUAUUUUUGGCACCGGCACACCAUAUAACCCUAUUGCUGCUCUGUAUGAAAAAGGACAUAUAUGGCUUUUAAAAGGUGGUAUUCUUUACAAAUUCGACGAAAACGAUCUUCAAUACGAAUUUCAUCGACCACCCAAACGUAUUGACGAACAAUUUCCUGGUGUUCCGAAAAAUGUUCGCGCAGCGUUCACACACGAUGGAAAGCACUAUUUCUUUACUGAACCUGACCGUAAUGUCUACGUAUUUGAUAUCAGAAGCCGACGUGUCGAACCUGGCUACCCCAAACCGAUGACAACAGGAUGGUUUGCUUGCAAUGGCGAACGCGGCAGAGGGCGCUAA